AUGGACGACCUCCAGUCGCUGGAGCUCUUUUCGCUCGUGUCGCGGAUCACGAGCGAAAUCCAGAACCAUCUCGGCGUCAACGACAAAACAUUAGCGGAAUUCGUCAUCGACCAGCACCUAAAAUGCGGCUCAUUUGCGGAUUUCAGCAAGAGCAUGGAGGAGAUGGGCGCGGAGUUCCCUCGGAGUUUGCUGGAGAGUAUUGAUCGUCUGGUGCUCACAAUGCAUCCGAAGUAUAAGUCGAAGAAGAUGGAAACGACGAAUACCUCGGCCGGUGAUGAUGAUAUGGAUGUUCUGGAUGCGUUAGAGAAGAAAGCGCGUGUGUUCAAGGGAUUGGCCGUGCCGGAUAAGGUUCAGCAGUGGGAUGAGGAGGAUGUCGAGGAGGGCGAUGCGAAGGCUGAUGCUAUGGAUGAUACGUUUGCUAUGCUGGAGGGAUUGGCGGGUAAAGCACGUCAGGAGAAACCUGCCCCGGCGCUGCAGUCAUCGUCAAGAAAUGACCGCGGUAGUACUAGGAAGCGCAGCAGAAGCCCCGAUUACGAUGAUCACCGACGUGGACGCAGACGUCAUGAUAGAUACCGGUCUCGAUCGCGAUCGCACAGUCCUCGAUAUAGCAGGAAGGGUGGUGAUGAUGAGGUGGAUGAAUUUGGCCGGUCAAAGAGUAAAUACAGCAGCAGGGAUGAUUAUCGCAAUGGACACAGUGAGCGGAAGAGUCGUCGGGACCGCGAUGAGGAUGGCGAGUAUUUCCGGAAACCGCCGCCUGUGGAGUUGGAUGAUCAGCCGGUGCUAUACAAGGUCUACGAUGGUCGUGUCACGGGAGUGAAGGACUUUGGCGCCUUUGUGAACUUGCUUGGUGUGAAAGGCAAGGUGGAUGGCUUGGUACAUGUUUCGGCUAUGCAGGAAGGAGCGCGUGUUAAUCAUCCUUCCGAUUUGGUAUCUCGCGGCCAGCCGGUUAAGGUCAAGGUGGUUAGCAUUCAAGGCUCUCGAAUUGGGCUGUCGAUGAAGGAGGUGGAUCAGGUUACUGGUCUUGAUCUGAUCCCUCAACGGCGUCUGGCGUCCGGCGCAAAUAUGGAGCGUCUUGACGGCAUGACCGGAAAGGACAGAUAUGGUAACCUGAGUUCGGAGGUGCCGGUUAUUGAAGAGUCGGAUGGAAAGCCUAUGAAAAAUAGGAAGCGCAUGACCUCUCCUGAGAGAUGGGAGAUCAAGCAAUUGAUUGCAUCCGGCGCUGUCUCCGCAGCAGACUAUCCUGACAUCGAUGAGGAAUACCAUGCCACCCUGACAGGCGAAGGCACGUUUGAGGAAGAGGAGGAUGUCGAUAUUGAAGUCAGGGAUGAGGAACCGCCUUUCCUGGCUGGUCAGACUAAGAUGUCUCUGGAACUCUCUCCGAUUAGGGUCGUGAAGGCUCCCGAUGGCUCUAUGAACCGGGCUGCGAUGGCAGGAACUAAUCUGGCCAAGGAGCGACGAGAUAUCAGGCAGCAGGAAGCUCAGGACAAAGCAGCUGAGCAAGCUGCGGCGGUCGACCUCAACGCGCAGUGGCAGGACCCCAUGGUUGCGCCUGAAGAGCGGAAAUUCGCAGCUGAUCUGCGGAGCACCCAGCAGUCCAAGCCGGACGACUCGGUUCCCGAGUGGAAACGGGUCACGAUGGGCAAGAACCAGUCCUUCGGAAAGCGGACCAGCAUGUCCAUCAAACAGCAGCGUGAAAGUCUGCCUGUCUACAAGUUCCGCAAGCAACUUCUCGAUGCUGUACGCGACAAUCAGUUGUUGAUUGUUGUCGGAGAUACUGGGUCCGGAAAGACGACGCAGGUAACGCAGUAUCUGGCUGAGGGAGGCUAUGCAAACAACGGUAUUAUCGGUUGUACGCAGCCUCGUCGUGUGGCAGCCAUGUCUGUUGCCAAACGUGUGGCUGAAGAAGUCGGCUGUAAACUCGGCGCGGAGGUUGGAUACACGAUUCGUUUCGAAGAUUGCACGAGUCCUGAUACCAAGAUCAAGUACAUGACUGAUGGUAUGCUUCAAAGAGAAGUCCUUCUUGACCCGGAUUUGAAGAAGUACUCUGUUAUUAUGCUUGACGAAGCUCACGAACGAACCAUCGCCACGGAUGUUCUCUUCGGAUUGCUCAAAAAGACCAUCAAGCGAAGACCGGACCUCAGACUCAUUGUUACUUCGGCUACCCUGGAUGCUGAGAAGUUCUCCGAGUACUUCAACGGUUGCCCUAUCUUCUCCAUUCCUGGUCGUACGUUCCCUGUCGAGAUCAUGUACUCGAAGGAGCCCGAGUCCGACUAUCUUGAUGCGGCUCUCAUCACAGUUAUGCAAAUUCACCUGACGGAGCCCUCGGGUGAUAUACUGCUCUUCUUGACAGGACAAGAAGAAAUCGAUACUGCCUGCGAGAUUCUAUACGAGCGGAUGAAGGCUUUAGGGUCAACAGUACCAGAGUUGGUCAUUCUUCCUGUCUACUCUGCUCUUCCGAGUGAAAUGCAAAGUAGGAUUUUUGAGCCUGCGCCGCCAGGAGGUAGGAAGGUUGUCAUCGCCACAAACAUUGCUGAGACAUCCAUUACCAUCGAUAAUAUCUACUACGUCAUCGAUCCAGGUUUCGUCAAGCAGAACGCCUACGAUCCCAAGCUGGGUAUGGACUCUCUGGUAGUCACGCCCAUCUCGCAGGCCCAGGCGAAGCAACGUGCUGGCCGUGCAGGAAGAACCGGUCCCGGAAAAUGCUUCCGGUUGUACACUGAAGCCGCAUACCAGUCGGAGAUGUUGCCAACCACGAUCCCCGAAAUUCAACGUCAGAACCUGUCACACACUAUCCUCAUGCUCAAGGCGAUGGGCAUCAACGAUUUGCUGCACUUCGACUUCAUGGAUCCUCCGCCAACGAAUACUAUGCUUACUGCCUUGGAGGAACUGUAUGCACUGUCUGCUUUAGAUGACGAGGGUCUCUUGACUCGCUUGGGCAGAAAGAUGGCAGACUUCCCCAUGGAGCCGGCCCUCGCCAAGGUUCUUAUCGCAUCGGUCGACAUGGGAUGCUCGGAGGAGAUGCUGAGCAUUGUGGCCAUGCUUUCCAUUCAGUCGGUCUUCUACCGUCCCAAGGAGAAGCAGCAGCAAGCGGAUCAGAAGAAGGCCAAGUUCCACGAUCCCCAUGGCGACCAUUUGACCCUUCUCAACGUCUAUAACGGAUGGAAACACUCCAACUUCAACAAUGCCUGGUGCUUCGAGAACUUCAUCCAGGCACGUCAGAUUCGCCGUGCGCAGGACGUCCGUCAGCAGCUGCUUGGUAUCAUGGAUCGCUACCACCACAAGAUCGUCUCUUGCGGAAGAAACACCCUCAAAGUACGCCAGGCACUUUGUACCGGGUUCUUCCGAAAUGCAGCUCGCAAGGACCCUCAGGAAGGGUACAAGACUCUUGUCGAGGGCACACCGGUUUACAUGCAUCCCAGUUCGGCACUGUUUGGCAAACCCUCCGAGCACGUCAUCUACCAUACUCUUGUUCUUACGACGAAGGAGUACAUGCACUGCACAACUUCCAUCGAGCCCAAAUGGCUUGUUGAGGCCGCUCCGACUUUCUUCAAGGUGGCACCCACCGAUCGUCUGUCGAAACGUAAGAAGGCCGAGCGGAUUCAGCCUCUCCACAACCGCUUUGCCGGCGAGGAUGAUUGGCGUCUAUCCGCACAGAGACGGCAGGGCCGUGGUGGAGGUGGUGGUACCUGGGGUUGA